AUGGCGCGUGUCGCAGUCCGUUGCAGUCGUUGGGCUCCGCGCUUCCUACCUUCCAUUUCCAAAAACGAGCCGUUUCUCUCUUCCACCUUCUCCACCGCACCGGAAAAUGCGAACCCGGGUCGACCCGGACCGCCUCCGAUCCGGGUCGCGCUCACCGAGUCAUCCGGGCGAGGCGUAUUCGCGACCCGGAAAAUCGAGACCGGUGAGCUCUUGCACACCGCCAAACCCAUUCUGACUCACCCUUCUCUUUCCUCCCUCCACACCGUCUGCUACUUCUGCCUCCGAAAGCUCAGAACCGCCGACGCCUCUCAACCCCAAAGCGUUUCCUAUUGCAGUCAGGAGUGUCAGCAACAAGCUCAGGGAUUUCAUGAUAUUGAGAUGACAGCAGAUUGGUCAGCUUACGAUAACUAUUGCCGGUCCAAUGGUUUGAAAUAUCCACUACUUGUAAAGCGGUUGGCUUGUAUGGUCAUGUCAGGAGCUGCACAUGCCAACCUUCUAGUCAUACUCCAACCUGCUAGCUUAACUCCGGAGAUGAUAUCUGAGAUGGAAGAGGGGUUUGGCUUGCUAAGGAAUGCCUUCAUAAACUCAAAUAUCAUGGGUGAACAGAUGUCUUUCUUGACUAAACAAUGGUACAUCGGCAUACUUGCACGGAUUCGUAUUAAUGCAUUUCGUAUUGAGUUGGCUGGGGGAUACAAUGACCUCUUGUCAUCAUUAGCAGCCUCUAUAGAAGCUGAAGCAGCUGUUGGGAAUGCUGUUUAUAUGCUUCCAUCCUUUUAUAAUCAUGAUUGUGAUCCAAAUGCCCACAUCAUAUGGAUAGAGAAUUCAGAUGCUAGAUUGAAGGCCCUUCGUGAUGUGGAUGAAGGGGAAGAGCUCCGGAUCUGCUACAUCGAUGCAAGUAUGGAUCAUGAUGCUCGGCAGAGUUUCCUGUCGCAAGGGUUUGGUUUCCGGUGCAAUUGUCCCCGGUGUUUGUCUGGUGAUUAAUGAUCUAAAGAUGUUUAGUUUUGACUAACCAAAAUUCUUGUUAUUGCUGUGAUGAUAGAUGUUUUGUAAACUGUACGGUACUCAUG